UAGAACCAAAACAUUAGUAAAUCAACAAUAAAUAUUAAAAAUUAGCAUAAGGGUCGGUGGUAACUAAACCAGAAUGUUACGGGACCUCAUAACGUGGGUGUUGAACACGUAUCUGGGAAAAUAUCUGGAGAACUUGAACUCCGCUCAACUGUCUGUGGCCCUGCUGUCGGGCGAAGUCGAGCUUGAGAACAUACCCAUCCGCAAAGAUGCCCUCCGCUCUUUUAAUUUGCCAGUGGAAGUCACCGCCGGAAGCAUUCGGAAAAUCAAGCUCCAGAUCCCCGUCCGUCAGUUCAGAACCUCACCCUGGUGCAUAUCCAUCGAGGGACUGUUCUGCAUCAUCUGCCCCAAGAACCUGGACAACUGGGAUCAUGAAAAGGAGAGGCUGCAGGAUCUGGAGUACAAGCUGUCGGUGCUGGACGCUGCAGAGGCUGGCUGGCGGUCCGAGAAGGGCCAGCAAAUGGAGUCCUACUACUUCUCGUCGUACAACAAUUGGCUGAAGUACGGCACCAACAUGGCCACCAACAUAAUCGACAAUAUCGAGCUAAAGAUCUCCGAUGUCCACUUCCGGUACGAGGAUAUUGUGGACUCUGGCAAGAGCCGGAUAUGUACGGGCAUCAAGAUUGGCUCCCUGACCGCCCAGAGCUGUGACUGUGAUUGGACCAAUGGUUCCUACAAAAUGACUAACAGCGAGAUGAACUACAAACUGGUUGAGCUCAAAGAGCUCUCCGUGUACUGGGAUCUGUUGCACGAGGACAUCAAAUGUCAGUCGUACACAAAUCAGGAGAUCCUUGAAAAACUACACACCACCUGCGAGCAGAGGCCGCACAAUUUCAUCAUCAAGCCGAUUUGUGCAACAGCGCGAUGGAAGCGCGACAAAUGCCAACAGGUGAUCCGAACCAAAGACAAACCCAGGGUCUCUUGCGAGAUCCUGGUGCCCGAGGUGGUCAUAGACAUAUCCAAGGUCCAGCGGUUGCAGAUGUUAGAUAAGCUUUCGGAAAUCCGUCAAGUCAAGGAGGUGCGGCAGUAUAGGUUAAAGAGGCCCAGUUGCAGUAUAGAAAGUAAUCCCCGCCUGUGGUGGAAGUAUGCCCUCAAUUGUCAUGGCUUCUCCAUCAAGCAAAACGAAGAAAGUUGGCUGGUACUCACGGAGAACCUGCGAUAUAUGAAGCUCUACAAAGCUAUUAUACUGAAUCCCAACGAAAACUUAUCCACUGAAGACAAAGAGUUUAAGGCUUACUUUGAGAGCGACAGAUCUAUAUUGGAUUUAAAGAUAAUGAGACGGAUUUCCUUUGAAAAGGUUUUUACAACCGGCUUUGCCUUCGAGUCGCCAAACGUUAAGGGAUCUAAUAUGCUCUUCCACUGGUUCCCAAACUGGAUGGGCUGGUAUGCGAAUAAUCCCAACACCCCGAACAACGAACAGGACGAAUCGCUGAAACACUUGGAAGACGAUAUCUUGGUGGCUUUGGAAAACUCCCUCCAAAAUAACUCGGAUCUGAAGAGCGAUGCUGUUUUCGGGCACUUUUCAAUCAAGCUUCUGAAGGGCCUGGUUAUUCUGCAGACUGAGGAAGUCCUAGGUGACGGUAGAAGAAAGUCCAUGGAGAUGCAAUUCAAUAACUUUUCGGCCUACCUUCAACUCAGUCCACAACUAACCUCCUAUACGGUGGGCAUAUCCCUGCAGGAAGUCUAUCUGAUUGACAAAACCAGCUGUGACACGAUGCACAAUUAUUUAAUUAAGCCGCAGACGGGUAGUGUAGCUUCAACAAACCAAAUAGCCAAAGGGACGCUCGAGGAGGACAUUUUGUUCCAAUUGCAAUACGAAAAUUGUAACCAGUUACGAUUUCAACUAAACAUUAAGUCGAAAGGCCUGGAUCUUAUUUACAAUAAGGAUGCAAUACAGUGGCUUUUAGAUUUUCUGGCGGUUCAAAAUCCGAAAAUACCCUCACCGCGGGAUCGAAUCGAGAAGAAAACCGAUUUUAUGGAAAACUGGAAUCAAAUAUUCAGUGGCAAUGAGGUAAAUCGAAAGACUUGGAUGUUCGAAAUUGAAAUCUUUGCUCCUCGGAUAAUAUUCUUGGAAAACUACAAAGUUAGCAAUUCGUUGAUGGUCUUGUUGGAUUUCGGAAAACUGGAAAUGAGAAAAAUGGAGGUGAAAAAAUGCAUUCCUGUGAUAGAAACGGCGGCAUCCGAAAACAACAGCGACGACGAGGAAACCUAUCUGACUCCUUGUUCGACUCCUCCGGCUUCGGAAAAAAGUGGUUCCGAUUCUCCGACUCUUCUUGAAAAUUCGAAAAUUGAAAAUUUUCUGAACAAGAACGUCCACUUGGAGUACGUACUUCACAACAAGAUAUACGACAAGUAUCUGAUAAACUUUACAAACCUGCAAGUGUUGGUCUGCAAGUACGAAGAGAGGUGGCAAGCCUGCUUGAAGACAUCGUCGAACUUUCAUCUGAUUGACAAGUUCAACAUAAAUCUCACUUUCGAGCAGAGGAAUAUCUUCACUGUCGAUCCAGACUAUCCCUCGUUUGUUCUCUUCGGCACAUGCCCAACGAUACUGAUCCAUGGGAAUGAGGAGCUCAUAAACAACUGCUACACCAUAAUGACACCCAUUGUGAAGGCCUCGAAGGAAAUGGAUAACAUUUAUCGAGGGGGCAACACCAUCUACGCCAGUGAACGAAUCAAGAACCUUGCCGAGGACGACAAGAGCAGGAUUGUGAUUGAGUUUGUAAUGGAUCAACUGGUGAUCGAGAUGCAGUCGACGGAUAGGAGCAUAGCCGAGCUCCAAAUCAUCGGAGCACGAGCCGGACUAACCAAAGAAUCAAGUGAAACCAAAAUUUCAAUGUCGGUGCACGGGUUGCUGUUGGUGGAUGCCAUUCAGUCGUUUGGACCUGAUUUUGAACUCCUAGUGGCCAGUCAUCGUCAUGUGGGAAUGGAUAGCUUAUCUGGAAGUCUUAAACAUAGUACUGUAGUUUCUCCCACUUCGCCUGGAUCACCUCACUUCUUCGACAGGGCUACCAGUCCUCAUAUGAUAACGAAGGCAGUGCAAAAUAUUAAAAUGGGAGAUAAGCAAACCGAGUUCUGCCAAGAUGAAGACUCUACAGCCCUGAUCUCGGUUGACAUCACAAUUGUUCCACAAGGUCCUGCGAAUCCCGUCAAACUUCACACUACCAACAUUACAUUCAACAGUUUGGACAUCAUAGCAAAUCAAGACACGAUUAUUGAAAUACUGAACUUUGCGAAGAGGACUCUUCUCACCCAAAACAUAUUCCAAAGCGAUAGCCCAGUACCUCCCAAAGAAUCACCUGAUGAGCCAAUUGAAUUGGAGGAUCAAGUGAAUCAAACAAGCCACAAUAAGAUCACUUUUGACUUUUUCCGACUGAACAUCCUUCUGCUUUACACCAUAAAGAGGGAAAAAAUAAGUAUAGGCAGGAAAGUAGGAACUGUGACACUUACAGAAGCUAAGAUAAAUGCCUCCUUUCAAUCGGAUUUGUCCAUAUUUGGCUCCCUCGGUGGCAUACAAGUCAUUGACAUUACGCCAGAGGCCUUUUGUCAUCCGAGAAUUCUUUCUGUUGGUCGAGAUCAGAUCUUGAGAGCUUCUGAUACCAAUAAGCAAACAGUUCUUAGCCAACUAUCCAAUGAAAUCUAUUCCAAUAACUACAACGAAGAGAAGAGCGACGAAAGUGAUGCCAUUAGCUUCCAAAGUCAUUGGAGCGACAAAACCACAUGUACUUUUCAAAUGCGAAUGGCCUCAGCUUCCUAUACCCAUUGUCCAAGAUUUCUGAGGGACGUGAAUGCUUGCAUUACAUAUUUUAAAAGGAGUUUAAGGGAGUUUGCUACUUCAAUUGGUAACAAAGCUACAGACAUGGCCAAGGAAUUUGUGCAACAAAUAAGAGCCACCGAGCAAACAGGUCCCAUAUCUCCCCAACGAAAUCGUCAGGAAAAUUGGCUUGAUAUUAUAAUAAGCAGUCCUAUCAUAAUCCUGCCCAUUUCCAACAUGAGUACGAAUGUUUUGAUUGCCAAUCUGGGAAAAAUUAGUUGCUCCAAUUGCCCGAAAUCCGAUGGCGAUGAUCUAGAAGAGUCCUACACCAUAGAUAUCACAAACACCUACGUAUACUCCCUGAAUAUGGAUGAAAGCGACUAUAGUUUCAACGUACAUCCAGCCAAAAAUAAAGAUGCAAUACCCAUACUUCACGACACGGCAAUCACCUUGCACCUCUAUGUGGGCUACAAUGAAGACAGUGGUCCAGAGAAGGAGCUAAAUAGUGUAUCUAUAAAAGGAAGCAUGGUAGAAGCUUUAAAAGUGUCCCUUAAUCGAAAGCAAUAUGAGUUACUUCUGGAGUGCCUUCGAUUUGCCACGAAUUUCUCGAAUGGAUCAUUGAAUGAAUCCGAGGACUAUGACCAAAAUGGAGACAGUGAACCUUCUUCAAGCAGCGAAGAGGUUCACAUUAUCAGCACCACAAUUCAGUUCUCCAUGCCUGUCUUUCAAAUCAACCUGCAAAACGAAUACCACAAUGAUCUUAUCAACCUGACCUUCAAGGACUUUAAUGUAAAGCACAUCGCAAAAGGAUACGACAAGGAUAUGGAAGUGAUUUUAAAGUCGGUCCUAAUGGAAGAUCUAAAGUCGGACAUCAGCUCACCGUUCAGAAACAUGGUGACAUCUGUGGACCUCGAAAGGAAUGUGAGGAAGAAUGAGCUGUCCUCUUCCUCGUGUCCUGAUCUGCCCAGCUUCCUGAAUUCCCAAAGACAUCGAUGCAAUUCCGUGCCCUCGGGCUUCUAUGACUACAUGCAAUUGAAAAACUUCAGUGGUGAGAAGAAAUCCACCUUCAGCAAUAAUAACGACUUUGGAAAAAAGAAAGAGAGCCAGACUUUGGUGAUUUACAAGUCUCAUACUGGUCGAUCGGCUCAGAAUGGGAAACUGGAGCAGAUGAGCUCCAUACAAUUCAAUUGCCUGAAUUUGGCUAUUUGUGUGGAACGCUGGUACACCAUAUUCGACUUUUUUGGACUGGUUUCUGUGGAUAAUUCCAACGAAAAGGUCACCGAAGAGAAAAUACAAGUUCAACAAAAUAAAACCGAGUUUGGCAGCCGACUUAAAGUGUCUAUAAGAAGCUUAAACUUCACGUUGAUUCGGAACGAGUCUCUCUUGUCCAGGGUGAAUGUAUCCAAUGCUGUCUUUGUGAUUCUUCAAGACCACUUUUGUAAAAUAGUUGAGGGCUGCUUGGGAUCCGUUUCCGUCAAUGAUCUCUCGAAAUAUGGAAGCAUCUACAAGCAAAAGUUCCUAACAAGCGGAACGGAGGCCCUAAACUUUGUUUACAAGAAAAAGCUUGUCGAUUUGGAAGCACUAAAGACUUUAGAUAGCGACUCCACAUUGCGAAUUAAUAUGGCUGCUGUGCAUUAUAUUCACACCAAGCGUUUUGCUACCGAGCUGCAUGUUUUUGUUAAAGACUUGCUUCAAUUGCAGACGCCUGUGAUAAGAAAACUCAAAAAGCAGAAUGUGGAGAAUGUGCGGCCUUCGAAAAUGAAGCUAGUUAUCCAGGCGGAUUCACCUGUGAUAGUACUUCCCGCUUCCUACAAUAGAAACGAAGUUAUAAUCGCAUACCUGGGGCAGUUUACCUUGAAGAAUAGUUUCCAUUUCGCCAGCGAUGAGGGCAUCAUUAGCAAGAAGGCCUCACAGCCAAAUGAACAUGAGAUCUUGGACGUCAUGCGCAUCAAUCUGGUGAACAUAAAUCUGUAUUCUGGAGAGAGAAGUACUGUGAAAACCAAAAAGGACCAGGAGAACGAUUCUAUCCUGAUUGCUGACUUGAAUUUUCUGAGAUUGGGCCAGCCGUUCUUCAAUGAUGCCACCUUCCUGCACCUGCAACUGGAGCGAAAUCUGUCCGCGGAAAUGAAUCGCGUGUGUCCUGACAUCAGUGUGCAGGGGACCUUCUCGAAACUGAACGGAAUGAUCAACAUUCAACAGUACAAGCUCAUUAGGAGCUUCCUGAAUAACAACAUUGGCGAGCAGACGGAUGAUAUUUAUUGGAACUACUCCAACAAUAGUUGUACGUCCAUCGAAAGACUUUCAACAGUGAGUCUAGUGCCCAAAAUCGAGGCUUCAAAAGCAGUUUCCAUUCUGAUUUCUAUUCGAAUUCUCCUGGAGGAUGUCUCGCUAUUACUGGCCCUGAACACCAGCCAUAGAACUGUCGUAGAACCCCUGUCCUGCAUCCACUUCCUCAAAUCUACUCUGGAGAUAGACCUGUUCAGCGAUGGCUCCCAGGAUAUAGAUUUGAUAUCCAGCAACAUCCUGAUCGAGGAUGAAAGAAAAGACACGGGCAUGGGGAAUGAAAACGUGUUCAAGAACAUACUGGAGCCCUCCAAGAAGGAGGUGCGACCCGAGAACUCUGUUCAGGUUGAGGUUCACUGCCGUAAGAAGGCCAAUUUCUGCAAGUACACCAUAAUGCUCAACAACAUGAGGGUGUUUGCACUCCUCAGUUUUCUGGAUCAGUUGAAAUCGUACCUUCAGGAGGAUUCACCCGCUCCCGUGGUCAGUAACGUCACGAAUCCGAGCUCCCAGAAACCCCAAGUCGAUAAUAGCGUUGCCACGGAAUUCGUGGUGAACAUCACGGAUUCGGAAAUAAUAUUUGCGGAGGAGUGCAGCCGGCUGGACUCGAAUGCCAUCAUUCUGAAGAGCACCACGGUCAUUUCGUACAAGCCCAACAGUAACUCCGUGCCACUCUCCCUGAACAUCAACCACCUGGAGAUAUUCUCCUGCACCUUGGACGCCGAGGAGGAAAGUGCUCUGUCCAUAAUUGAUCCAUUCACGCUGAACAUUGAGCUGCGAAGUAAUUGUUUGAAUAUACUCAUUCAAAAGCCCCUGAAUAUUCGAUUAUCCUACGUGGAUGUGAAGCUGUUCUCGAGAAUGGCCCGACUUCUGCCAUCGCAGACAGCGCGUUCCAAAAAUGUAAUCUCGAAAGCGGAUUCGGAUUUGGAGAAAGUGGCUCCCCUGGUCGCGAUGGGCUUUGAACUUUCCGACUGUCUGUAUGCCAUGCAGGUCAAUGAUUGCAGACUCAACGACGCGGCCCUUUGGCUCACGCAUCAGAAACAGAGUACCUCCAAGAAUCCCUCCCUGGAACUGAAAACUGCCGUGGUGGACGCGAACCUGAUAUCGGUCUUCAUAAUUGAUGACUGCAUGGAUGCUGACGUGCCCCUACUGGAGAUUUCGCUCUCCAAGUUCCUGCUGAACUUCACCUUCAAAACCCAGGACCCCAACCCCAAGGAGACGAAUGUGAGGUACUUCAGCUUGGGCAACAUCGACACGGAAGCCGCGGUGAACUACUACAAUCGCCGGCUCAGUGGCUGGGAGCCCGUGGCCGAGUCCUGGGAGUCCAACUUGAAGUGGAAGUUCGCCAAAGGGCAUUUCGACAACAAGAAGCGCUUCGAGAUCGGCGUCUCCAGCAAGCAGAUGCUCAAGCUGAAUGUCACAUCCACCUUUAUAGAACUUUUCCAUAUGGUCCUGAAGAACUGGACCAACGACUUCAACGACAACGCCACCAAAAACAAGCAGCGGUCUCCGUUUAUUCCAUUCGCCCUGCAGAACCUCACCGGCACACCGCUGCUGUUCAAGCCGAUCUAUGCCCCCCUGGGGGACCUGAGCUGCUCCGACCUGCACCAGUUCGAGCUGAUCAAGCACUGGUCCUCGGUGCAGCCCAACGAGACAAAGACAUUCGAUUUCAGCCAGAAGAGCAAGCUCCGCCACGUGCACUCCCACCAACUGAACCUGCAUCAGAUUUUCGUCCAGAUCCACGGCUGGACGUUGAUUGGACCCAUCUCGAUUGAUAAGGUGGGCAUGUUCUUCCGCACCAGCACCAUGGACAACCAGUUCUCCACCAAGACGCGGAUAGUCUUCGACAUAUCGCUGAUUGGCUCUGCACAGAAGCUGAUCAAAGUGAAGUCUUCACUGGAGGUGGUGAACAAGAUGGAUCGCAAUGUUUUCCUGAAAAUGUCCCUGAAGAGCAGCCAAAGCGAUGGCCUAACAGCCAUCAGUGCUAUCAAGCCCAACGAUGAGCUAUCCCUGCCGCUGAAGUUCAUCGAUGCCUCCUUGCAUAUAGCGCAUAACACGAAUGAAAACGAGGCCUACGAGGACACUGGCUUCACGAACAGCGAAAUCCUGUGGAAGGGAAACCUCUCCGGGAAGGAGAAUAUGCAGAAACUGUACGUCAGUUAUGACAGCAGCAAGAGCCUUUUGUACACGCUCGUCAACAUAAACCGGGAAAUCUUUCACACCAAGGAGCAGAAUCUGCCAGGACACAGGAUAACUCUGUUGCCUCCGCUGAAGAUAAACAACAUGCUCUGCUGCGAUCUGAUGUUUAAGAUCCAUGAGACGGCCACCGGCAGGAUAAAUGCAUCCGAGAGUACAAAUAUCUAUAACGUGAACAUUUGCGAACCCUUCAACCUGAGCAUAACUCUGGACAACUUCCAACUCUCUGGCCAGCUGAAGAUUCCCAUGAGCCACAGUGGCGUGGUGGAACCGAAGCUGAAGCUGUAUGACAUCAAAAGGAGGGAGCUUCACCUGCGAAUCUCAAUCCAGUCGUGCAAGGGCAAGGGCAUGGAGAUUCAUAUCAGUGCUCCAGUCUGGAUUAUCAACAAGACGGGUCUGCCCUUGAUCUGCAAGCAGGAGGGAACCAACAACACUGCGGCAGGACAGUUCGAAGAACACGAAACUGCCAGGCAAGUGGCGCCGCUUAUGUUCUCUUUCUCCGACCAGGAAGGAUCCCCGGCUCUGGAAGUGCGUCUAGGCAAUGCUCUGGGCGCAAAGAACAUGUGGUGCAAGAGCUUCAGUACCAACAAGGAUCUAACCAACCGGGAGCUGCGAGCGGAAAACACAAAGGGCACUUAUGCGAUUGGGAUAAGCGUUAGGAGGGGAAGAGGUCUAUAUGCCUGCACCACUUUCGUCAUCUUAUCGCCUCGCUAUCACUUGUACAACAGAAGUGGCUACAAGCUGGAGUUUAUGCAGCUCUGCGAUAUUGCCAACUAUGACCGGCCGGAUCCUCGUAAAAUAAUCUCGGCACCCAUCGACUGCAAUUUCGCAUUCCACUGGCCCAACUGGGACCAAGAGGAGUUCAUUUGUGUUCGGAUUCCGGAUAUAGAGUGCUGCUGCUGGUCAAAAGGCAUCCCACUCGAUGGCUCCAUCAAUCAGAGCUUGUACAUUAAUGUGCGAAACGACUGGGGCGAAAUGUUCUUCCUUCGAUUGGAAAUCAUAUCCAAGGAUGCCACUUUCAUACUUCUGUUUACGGACGCACGAACCCUACCGCCACCGAUUCGCAUCGACAACUGUUCGGAGGUUGUCAUUAACUUUUCCCAGAGCCGAACGAAGCCCGUCUGGAUAACGCCAGUUCGUCCCCAAUCCUCCUUGUCCUAUGUGAUGGACGAUCCCAAGGGCAUGAGUGCCCUGCUGAUGGAGGCGCCCGGAGGCAACGUGAUUGAGUUUCCCGUUGGCAAGCCCGACCUGAAAAAGACGCUGACUUACACGAAUUUCAUUUACAUAGCAUUUCAUGGCACCUUCGAGCGGUCGGGCGACGAGGAAGUGCAUCAUAGGAACCUAGUUCUGGGAGUACACGGAAAGAAAGUUGUGAUAGUGGAGAAGAAUUCAGGUGAUCGGUCGCAGCUAUGGCUCAUGAACUCCAGUGGUCAACUGGAACACGAAGGAUCGACUCCGCCGGUUCAGUCCAAUGACGGCAAUGCAGUUCGCUUAGUCCUGGAUCUGGAGAAGCCGCCGAACCCCACGGAGUAUACCACUUUGGUGGUUCGAACCCCCAACAAGCAAAGGGUAACCACGCAGACCUGGCGGUUUGAAAAUGGUCGGCUGAUGUGCCACGCCAAUAUGUGCGUUCAGUCUCGGUAUGGGGAGAUCGGCAUGAAACCCUACUGCGAUGCUGUCGUGGGACGGAUCGAGAACAAUUCAACAAAGAGGAACUCCAUACCGCUCGCUCAACACAUUGUGGCCCAGAAACUCAGGCCUGGAUCGGGUCAACUGGAAAUAUCAACGCGAAAGGAUGGCCCGAUCUUGACUAUCGAAAUUUGUGAUAUUAAAAUAAAAAAGAACUCAGUAUUCCUAACGCCCGAUUCGUUGUGGAUGCACGCUUCUCUGAACAAUCGCCAAAUCACAGACUCGGGAAAGAUAGCUGCCACCCAUGAGUAUCUGAUCAAUGUGGAGCUCGUGAAGGGAAUUGGCAUCUCAAUAAUAUCCCGAAAACCCUGCGAGGAAAUCAUGUUCAUCAGCCUGGACUGCAUCCAUUGCGAUAUGGUGCAGAGUGCUUUAGAGAACUCGUUAGAUUUAACUAUAUCUUAUAUACAAAUAGAUAACCAGCUGCUGGACGCGGUCAGUCCCAUCGUUAUGUACACCCAGAACUCCAACGAAGAUGACAAAAAUAAAAACGCAGUAGUGCUCAAGCUCAAAAUGUUGCCCUGUCCCAACAAAAAUGCAAUUAUCUUCAAAUAUCUAUCGCUGGACGUGAAACCAUCGACGGCGAACCUGGAUGAGAAACUAAUACUGAAGUUGGCCUCGUUCCUGGGCUACGGAAAAAUCAAUCCACAAAAUUUAAGUGUGCAAUACGAAUUCGAAAACCAUGAAGAACGAUCGAUUCUGCAGGACAUGAAGAGAUACUACUUUGAAUAUUUAAAUAUUGGAGCAACGCAGGUUCGUCUCUCAGCGAUUACCUCUUCAAAGUUGCCGGUGGAACUACAUGAAACGAAAAAGGCUCUAGGACUGACCCUCAUCAAAUUCGAGGAUGCUAUGAUUGAGCUCGACAGGUACUCGGAUAAAUCGCAUUUCGAAACCCUGGACGUUUACCUGAAGGGCAUAAAGACCCACUACAUUCAGCAAAUCAAGUGGCACGCUGCUUAUAUUUUGGGCAGUGUCGACUUCCUCGGCAAUCCCUUGGGAUUCGCCAACGACCUUUCGGAGGGUGUGUCGGGCCUGAUUUUCGAGGGCUCGGUCAAGAGUCUGGUGAAGAACGUGACGCACGGCAUAUCCAAUUCCACAGCAAAGUUGACUGAAACCCUGUCCGACAGUUUGGGGAAAGUCGUGCUGGACGACCACGACAACGAGACCAGGCAACGAAUCUUGGAGCUGCAGUCAAAUACGUCCGGUGGCCACCUUGCAGCGGGUCUGAAAGGUCUAGGAUUCGGACUGUUGGGUGGAGUAACGAGUAUAGUGCGGCACACAUACGAUGGCGCCGCAUCGGACGGCGUUCCCGGCUUCCUAAGUGGCCUGGGAAAAGGUCUGGUGGGCACUGUGACAAAACCGAUUAUCGGAGUUCUGGACUUGGCAUCUGAAACGGCGAGUGCGGUGCGGGAAACCAGUCGGGACACUCACAGGAGUACUCCGGAACGAAAGAGGCUACCCAGAUGCGUCACGGGCGCCCCUGGCGGCUUGCUGCCCCUCUAUUCCAAUCGCCAAAGCAAAGGCCAGCAGUACCUGUACGUAAUCAAUCAUAAAAACUUUGGCGAAAAAAUAAUUUUCUACGAAACGAAUCUAUGGAGCGAUAAAGAGGCCAAGUUACGACUGCUAGUUUCCACCGAAUAUGUCCGAAUAUUCUCAAUUGUUGACGGCAAUCCAACCGUCAUGUUCGAGACUCACCUGAGCGAGAUACUCUCGUGCCAUCCGCUGGUAACGAAUGCUGGAACCACUGCGUCAUCCAGCAGUAGAGCAACGCCGAGUUACUACAUUGAAAUAUCCACCAACCUACCGAAGGUGACGAGGCCCAGGAUACGGUGCCGGUCUGAGGAAUGUGCCGAGGCGGCGUCGAGAUGUAUAAAUUACGCUAAGAGUGUCUAUGAUGAACGUGAACAUGCCGUUUUAUAAAAUGCAUUAUGCCGGUUCGUGAUAAUAAAAAUAAACCUUUUGACAAAAGUGUAACAUUUUAUUCUCUUUGGCAAAAGUUAGUAGGAAUAAUAAUAUUUAAGCCCAUCAACCAUUAGUAAUAAGCAAAUGGAAUUUCGAAUCAAAAAUGGUUCAAUAAAACCACAGAUCCA